GGUGCAGCAUCACUCAUUCCUUGAGAAGCUACAAUCAUGAACACUAAGGUCUUCAUCCUUCUUGGUCUGGCAGCCGUCGUUGCUGCAGACAGCCCAGAGAUUUUCGCAUAUGGACCUCCUCGGGAUUCUUCCGAAGAGUCAUUCGAGUCGUACGAGUCAGGAGAAGCCAAGUACGACUUCAGUUAUGCCGUUCAGCACGAAGACUCCGGCAACGACUUCGGCCACGAGGAAGCCCGUGACGGUGAACACACUCAAGGAUCCUACUACGUGAGGCUUCCCGACACCCGUCUGCAGAACGUCAAGUAUUUCGUGGACGGUGACGAUGGCUAUGUGGCUGAGGUGAACUACGAGGGCGAGGCUCGUUUCCCCGACUCGUAUGAAUCUGCUUCCUUCGAGUCCCUGGAGUACAGGCCACCAAGGCCAGCUUACACCUAUGACUCCAACGAGUCCAAGUAAAUUCUCAGAUAUUUGACCUCUGAAUCAUGAUCACGUUCGAGAAUUUUUAUGUAAAAUAUUUAUUGUAAAUAUGUUAGAAAUUAUAAUGAAAGCACUAGUAAA